AUGCCUAAAAAGGGAAAAUUGUCAUCAUAUAUAUCAGUUAGUCUUUUGUAAUAUCUUUUGAAGGAAGGUCGUGUGAAUUUUGUUGAAGAUAAAGAAUUUGACUGUAAAGCUUGGAGUACUCUCUUCUAACGGUUGUAGCCAUUGGUCUUCCUCGUCACUCGUGAUUAUCUGAUAGUUCCGUUGUUGGAAGUGGACCGGGAUCUCUUACCCGGGUUACUAUAUCAUCCCCGACUAUUAAGUCGGCCUAACAUCACUCUCCCGGCCAAAGAGAAUCAUCUUCAUUCCGAGUGCUACCUCGGCGACGCCACAUUACAUUCACGGCAGUCGUCGGGGUAAGUGUUUCGGAGUUGUUCUGUCCGCCUUUAGGUUCGUCCGAGUCUGA